GGGAAGGGGAUGCCCCCGAGGGUGCCAGUCCAGCCCGCUGCCCCUCCCCUCAGCCUGGCUUGGCUCCCAAGCUCCCUGCCCUGGUGCCCGAGCAGCCCCCGCCAUGGCCGAGCACCUGGAGCUGCUGGCAGAGAUGCCCAUGGUGGGCAGGAUGAGCACCCAGGAGCGGCUGAAGCAUGCCCAGAAGCGACGUGCCCAGCAGGUGAAGAUGUGGGCCCAGGCUGAGAAGGAGGCCCAGGUCAAGCAGGGCCAUGGGGAGCAGCCACAGAAAAAGGCAGCUGGCCGAGGGCCCCACAAGCAGGUCCUCUUCCCUCCCAGUGUUGCGCUUCUGGAGGCCGCUGCUCGAAAUGACCUGGAGGAAGUCCGCCAGUUCCUUGGGAGUGGGGUCAGUCCUGACCUGGCCAAUGAGGAUGGCCUGACAGCGCUCCACCAGUGCUGCAUUGACGACUUCCGCGAGAUGGUGCAGCAGCUCCUGGAGGCUGGGGCCAAUGUCAACGCCUGCGACAGUGAGUGCUGGACGCCUCUGCAUGCCGCAGCCACUUGUGGCCAUCUGCACCUGGUGGAGCUGCUCAUUGCCCGUGGCGCCAAUCUCCUGGCAGUCAACACCGAUGGGAACAUGCCCUAUGACCUUUGUGAGGAUGAGCAGACCCUGGACUGCCUUGAAACUGCCAUGGCCGACCGCGGCAUCACCCAGGACUGCAUCGAAGAGGCCCGGGCUGUGCCAGAGCUGUGCAUGCUGGACGAUAUCCGGAGUCUGCUGCAGGCUGGGGCCGACCUUGAUGUCCCUGGGGACCAUGGGGCCACGCUGCUGCAUAUUGCCGCGGCCAAUGGGUUCAGCGAGGCGGCUGCUGUGCUGCUGGAGCAUCGAGCCAGCUUGAGCGCCAAGGACUGCGACGGCUGGGAGCCGCUGCAUGCAGCAGCCUACUGGGGCCAGGUGCACCUGGUGGAGCUGCUUGUGGCACAUGGGGCCGACUUGAAUGGAAAGUCCCUGAUGGACGAGACGCCACUUGAUGUGUGUGGGGACGAGGAGGUGCGGGCCAAGCUGCUGGAGCUGAAGCACAAGCAUGACGCACUCCUCCGCGCCCAGGGCCGCCAGCGCUCCCUGCUGCGCCGCCGCACCUCCAGCGCGGGCAGCCGCGGGAAGGUGGUGAGGCGGGCGAGCCUGACCCAGCGCACCAACCUGUACCGCAAGGAGCAUGCCCGUGAGGCCAUCGUGUGGCAACAGCCAUCCACCAGCCCGGAGCCGCCUGAGGACGAUGAAGACAGACAGACGGAUGCUGAGCUCCAGCCGUUGCCUGCAGAGGAGGACAACCCCAAGGUAGCCAGGCCGCACAAUGGCCGUGUAGGGGGCCCCCCAGGGCGGCACCUGUACUCCAAGCGGCUAGACCGGAGCAUCUCCUACCAGCUGAGCCCGCUGGAGAGUACUGCCCCCCAUGCCCUUGUCAGGGACAAGGCCCACCACACCCUGGCGGAGCUCAAGCGUCAGCGAGCGGCCUCCAAGCUGCAGCGACCUCCAUCCGAGGGGCCUGAGACCCCUGAGUCUGGCCUGCCUGCUGACACUGAGACCCCUCAGCCCGACUGUGCCUUCAGGAUGGGUGGGGACCCACCUCUGCUCAAGCUCACAGCCCCCUCAGAUGAGGCUCCUGAGAAGAGGCCCUGCUGCCUGCUCAUGUGAGGGCUGCCAGCUCAAGAUGGCAGGGGUCCCAUCCCCAAGCCACUCAGAGGUUGCCUUGUGACCCCGUCCCUGGAGUCCUCCCCAGUGCCCUGGUGCUGCAGGUGGGCAACCACCGUGGAGCUUUCCUGGCUCCCACUACCCAGGACACUGGCUGCCUCUCAGGGAUGGACCUGUGGGAGAAGCCGUACUUGGGGGUCUCCAGCUGCAGACUUUUUAUCCAGUGAUUCUUGAUAAAGGGCUGUUUUUGCCACCAA